AUGAGCGCGUCCAACAAAUGGAGAGCAAUGUCGCCGCACCACCACCCCCAGCCUCUCUGCACGCGCACGCACCAGAUCGGAGCCCUCUUCCUCGUGGCCACCACCUUCUUUUUAACGCGACUCCUCUCUCCCUGCUCCCUCUCCACCAGCGUCGUCCACGUGUCACACCCGCAGUUUCAGUGGGAGCAGUCGCAACUGUCCCUCAAGAUCUACGUCUACGAACCUGACGAAAUCAACGGCUUGAAUGAACUCUUGCACGGACGCGACGGUAAGGUCACGGAAGAAGCUUGCCUCAAAGGCCAGUGGGGCACUCAGGUGAAAAUUCACAAGUUUCUUCUGCAAUCGAAACAACGGACGCGGAAGAAAGAGGAAGCGGAUCUGUUCUUCGUCCCGUCGUACGUUAAAUGUGCGCGCAUGAUGGGUGGCCUUAACGACAAAGAAAUUAACCACACCUAUGUCAAAGUCAUAAGCCAAAUGCUGUAUUUUCGGUUAUCUGGGGGCCGCAACCACAUCUUUGUUUUCCCCAGUGGAGCUGGUGCUCACUUGUUCAAAUCAUGGGCUACGUAUAUAAAUCGCUCUAUUAUUCUUACACCGGAGGGGGAUCGGACUGAUAAGAGAGAUACAAGUGCCUUUAAUACAUGGAAAGAUAUUAUCAUUCCAGGUAAUAUUGAUGAUGGUAUGACUAAAACUGGGGCUACUGUUGUCCAGCCUUUGCCUCUGGCUAAACGGAAGUACUUAGCUAAUUACUUAGGACGUGCACAAGGAAAAGCUGGUCGGCUUAAGCUUAUAGAGCUUGCAAAGCAGUUUCCAGAGAAGUUGGAAUGUCCGGAUUUAAAAUUCAGUGGACCUGAGAAGCUGGCAAGGAAAGAAUAUUUUGAACAUCUACGCAAUUCCAAGUUUUGCCUUGCUCCACGUGGAGAGUCAUCUUGGACACUUCGGUUUUAUGAGUCCUUUUUUGUGGAAUGUGUUCCAGUUAUAUUAUCAGAUCAAACAGAAUUGCCAUUCCAGAAUGUCAUUGAUUACAGUCAGAUAUCAAUAAAAUGGCCAUCCAGUCGAAUAGGUCCUGAACUAUUGCAGUACCUGGAAUCUAUACCAGAUGAAGAAAUAGAAAGAAUAAUAGCUCGUGGUCGACAAGUUAGGUGCUGGUGGGUGUAUGCUUCGGAUUCCGAACCUUGUUCGGCAAUGCGUGGAAUUAUGUGGGAAUUGCAGAGGAAAGUGAGACAAUUUCACCACUCAGCUGAAACAUUCUGGUUGCACAAUGGAUCAAUUGUAAACAGAAACUUGGUUCAAUUUUCCAAAUGGGAACUCCCUGUGCCUUUGCCUUGA